UUAAACGAAAGUAUUACAACAUAUUUUAUACGGGUUCAUUGAACUUUCCGUGAUCUCUGUAAUCGUCACACAGUUCUCUACAGAUAACGUAAAAAUACAUAGCGAUAUCCGUCUGUCGUUCAUCCGACAGGUGGACGACAUUUUCCUCGAAAACGCUUGCUUUCUCUCUCGCUACUCCCUUCAAAAAUGUCUCACCGAUGCACAGACAACUUCAGCCCUUCCAGUUUGGUCAGAUCGUCGUCGUCGCGUCCUUUAAUGCGGUUAUAACCGUUUAACCGAAAACUCCGAAUUUUACCGUCGUCACUUUCUUCCCUUCGUCUGAGAUUGUUUUGAGACAUCGUUGGUCAUUAAAAAUGCUCAGUAAUUGCGGAAAAACGAGUAUAUUUCGAGAUUCGCGAGGCUCGCGGGUUUGAGGGAAGAGGAAAAGAGCGGUGAAAAAAGUGGCAGUGUUUAAGAAGGUAGCGUUUGUUACAAAAACCGUAGUGGAGUGUAUCGAGAACGGUGUACACGACUAAAUACUAUUUGAUUUAUUGAUAUUUCGAGUGUCACAGGCCUUGGCGGUGUCUAUGCAUAUCCUGAGAAUUUGGACCGUGUUCUAGGUCAAAUUUUGGGAUAAAGUGUUUAAUCUACUGCACUCUGAUAAUCAGACACAAUGUCGGAAAUAAUUUACCCUAAUGGGUGUCGGGUCGUUACGGAAGAUCUGGGUCCAGAUGAGCUCAUCAGAAGACUCAAGACUCUAGCUCAUACAUUGCAAGCUAUGGGCCAGGAUGAGGGAGCGUAUCAACAGUAUAUUCCAUUGGCUCUGCACCUAGCGGAGGAACAUUUUUUAAUGCAUCCCAGCAAGGAUGUACAACUCUUGAUCGCAUGCUGCAUCGCUGAUGUGCUUAGAGUUUAUGCUCCAGAAGCUCCAUACAAAGAUGCAGAUCAGGUGAAAACUAUAUUCCUUUUCCUGAUCAAACAAUUGGCGGGUCUCAAGGAUCCGAAAGAUCCAGCGUUCAAGAGAUACUUUUAUCUACUCGAAAAUUUGGCAUACGUCAAAUCUUUCAACAUGUGCUUCGAGCUCGAAGACUGCCAAGAAAUAUUCUGCGCACUAUUUUCCCUGAUGUUCAAAAUUGUCAACGACGAACAUUCAGGCAAAGUAAAAAGUUUUAUGCUUGAUGUCCUCUGCCCUUUAAUCACUGAGUCCGACAUUGUGAGCAACGAAUUACUGGAUAUCAUUCUCAUGAACAUCGUUGAACCUAACAAGACACAAAAGAAGAACGCGUAUUUGCUUGCAAAAGAGCUCGUCAUCAAGUGCAGCGAAACUCUCGAGCCGUACCUCCAAGCGUUCUUUAACCAUUUUCUGAUCGUGGGCCGUGAAGAGAGAGGUCUACAAAUCUGCAAAAAGGUGUACGAUUUAAUUUACGAAUUGAAUCACAUAUGUCCGAGCGUAUUGCUCUCCGUCCUUCCUCAAUUGGAGUGCAAGUUGAAAUCGUCCCAGGAGACGGAGCGUCUCGGAGCAGUGGCUUUGUUGGCGAGAAUGUUUUCGGAAAAGGGUUCCGGUCUGGCGAUGCAGCAUACACAAUUGUGGCGAGCUUUUCUCGGGCGUUUUAACGACAUUAGUGUUGCGAUACGUAUCAAAUGCGUACAAUACUCAAUGCAUUUCCUAUUGAAUCAUCCAGAGCUGAGGAAGGAUAUAACGGACACUCUAAAACUUCGACAACACGAUGCUGACGAGAACGUACGUUACGAGGUCGUUAUGGCGAUAGUUACGACAGCUCGGAGAGAUUUUGAGGUCGUCUCGGACAGCGAGGAUUUAUUAGAAUUCGUGAAGGAACGAACGUUGGAUAAAAAGUUUAAAAUACGCAAAGAAGCAAUGGCGGGGCUGGCGAUGAUUUACAAAAAGCAUUUGAACGACGUGGAUGUUCCACAAGCCACAAAAAAAGCAGUCACAUGGAUAAAGAACAAAAUAUUGCACGGUUAUUACAUGGCUGGAAUGGAAGAUCGUUUGUUGGUCGAGAGAUUGUUGAAUACUUGUCUCGUACCUUAUCAAUUAGCGGCCGAGGAUAGGAUGAAAAAAUUGUACCAUCUCCUCGGUACGAUAGACGAUCAUGCUUCAAAAGCUUUCGUCGAACUGCAAAAACAUCAAUUGGCCGUGAGACGCGCUGUCGUUGAGUGGCUUGAAAUAGUGAAAAAACCUGAUUCCGCCAACGAACUCAUGCCGAAAAUAUCCCAGAUAUCACGGUUUCUACCUGACCCUAUGAAAGUCAUGGAAUUUCUGCAAAAGUUCAGCGCUCACAUGAAAAGGGAUCCGACACUUCUACAAGGCAUGGAAACUAUUGUACAGCCGAAUGUUUCCUGCAAAGAAUGCGCUGAAAUGAUCAGCUCUGUCCUCAAAAAACUCGGCCAACCUGUCAUGACUAAUCUUUAUUACAAUACCAUCAAAAUGUUACUCGAACGUGUAAGCUCCGUCAUGAUCGACGAGGAAGCGAUACGAGUCUUGAUCGGAUAUGUUCUCGACUGUUUGAAGGGCGGUAACGUCAUUGAGGAAGUUGGCCUUAAUCCUAAUAACGCUGGUGAAAAAGGGCUCAGACUGCUUGUGAUGCUGUCGUUUGUAUUUGGACCUCAUUUCCUUCAUAAUGAUAUUUUAACGCAACUGGUCCAUCUUUUGGAACUGGAGGAUGAAAUGGUUGGUCCUCUCGUACUAUCGAUAUUCACGUUCCUCGGAAAGUACAAACCACUGUGCGACGUUGCUCCUGAAAUAAUGGAUCUUAUGGUACCGAUAUGCAAGAAUUUCGCUGAAACUGGAACACCUAAACAGGCGAAACAAGCCAUAAGAUGUCUCUUUGUAAACAUGACGAAUAUUCACGACACCAUAUUUCCGGAAAUAAUCGAGAGAAUUAAGACUACUCUGACUCCAACUUCGGAAUAUUAUCGUACCUCGAUCGUCACGCUUGGACACAUAGCGUACAAUUUGCCGGACAAGUAUCACAUACAAAUCAAGAAUAUGGUGUCAAGAAAGAUAGUAAAAGAACUCUUGGUAAAGGAGAACAGCGAGCAAACGACCGACUCCAUCGAAGGCGACUGGUGCCGAGAGGAUCAAUUGCCAGAAGAAACCCGUUGCCGUCUUGAAGGUCUGAAGUGUAUGGCCCGAUGGUUACUGGGCCUCAAAACGGACGUUCUAUCGGCACAGAAGACUUUCCGUAUGUUAAACGCUUUUGUCGUCAACAAAGGCGAUCUUCUGCAACAGGGACGGUUGAGCAGGGCCGAAAUGAGUUGGCUCCGUUUGCAGGCUGGUUGCUCGAUGCUCAAAAUUUGCGAGCAAAAAGGCGUCGGUGAUCAAUUUACGGCUGAACAAUUUUACAACUUGUCGCAACUCAUGGUGGACGAAGUGACCCAAGUCAGAGAAUCAUUCGGCACAAAGUUGCACAAAGGACUUGGCCGCGGAAUUCCUAACAAGUGUUUACCACUCGACUUCAUGGGCUACUAUGCUCUCGCCGGUAAAGAACAAGACAAAAGACUCAAAUGCGUAUUGAAAACGUAUAUGCAAACGGAUAUCAACAAAAGGAGAGAUUACGUCAAAACAGUAUCCCUGGGCACCGUGGAACGUGCUAUGGGUCAAUUGCCUCACAUUCUGCCCGAUUACAUGCUCGUUUUCGCGGUACCGAUACUUGCUCACGAUCCUGAAUUCACCAGUCACAUGGACGUCAGCCAGUUGAAAGUUAUUCAGCAGUGUCUGUGGUUUAUUCUCGAACCUCUUAUUACCAAAAAUGAAUACUAUUGUUAUGGUUUUUAUAAAAAUCUCGUCGAAAGAAUGAAGAGCCAUAAGGAUGCUCUCAGGCCCGAUGACGAUAACGUGAAUUAUAAACUUUGGGCAGUUUGUGACAUCGCUAUGAACGUCAUUUUUACGAAAACGACCAACUUUGAUAUGAAAGAAUUCCCGAGCGAAACCCGAAUACCGACGAUGUACUUCAAACGGGCUGACGAGAUGUUGACAAAUUCGAAAAAUUAUCUACCAGCUGAAAUGCAAAUUAGUAUGUCAAGUCCGAAGGGCAAAGGAACUCAUAUAAACACACAUUCGUUGACCGAGCGACCACAACGCAAAGCAAAAUCUAAGUUACAGAAGGAAGUUGGAAUCGGGCCUAACGAGACCGACGCAAGGCUGCAAAUUGGGGAAAUGGAAUGUAUCGAUGCACAGCCGGCGGAAGCGUCAGAAACCAGGAUUCAAUUACCGGGAAUAGAGGAUGAGAUUGACGAACCUCCGGCAAAGAGGGCAUUACGGGAAUCGGACAAAAUAAAUAAAUAAUUAAGCUGAAUGUGAAUUGUAUCCAGACAGGUGAGGUGGUGCGGCGAGGAGUGCAGGAAAAGUCUAGGGACUACGAUGAUACUAUAAGCCGUCAAAAAAUGAAACACCCAAAAGAAAGAAACAAACAAACAGAAGAACACUUUACAAAUUAGAAAACAGAAUAUUUUGGUUAUGUACAACAAUUAAUAUACCUAAGUCGUUCGCGUAUUUCUAGACCAUAAGCUGUUAAGAUUAUAAUAAUACACUAACUUCAAUCCAUCGACUCCUGUCGAGCUUAUCUAUGUUUUUCGUUUCUUUCUUCUCUCUUUCGAUAUUUCCACCUGAGUUUUCAUCUGAACAUUUGGACGCCAAGUGUCUUUUUGCGUUCAAUUCUAAUCCAUCCGAAUGAGGCGAUUUUUUUUUUAAAUGAAUAUUUUUAAAAUGAAUAUUUAUCCAUUUCUCAUCCAGUUGGUGUCGACUGAUUUUUCGUCGCCGUGUCAGCGAGUUUUUAUCUAUGUGAAAUCCAUCAAAACUAAGAACAAUCACAUUUCGUCCUUGUUAUACACGGCUCAUGCCUCCGUUUUGAAAUUCGAAUUGUCUGCAUUCUUCCUUUCUGUCUUCGUGUUCCUCUUAAAAAUCUUCGAUACUUCGUUCCCACUACAUUCGAUUCAGUGGACUACCUUAAAUAGUACUAAUCAAUUUGUUUCUUGCAUGUAGAAAUUUACGUGGCUCUUUAAUCCUCAAGACGAACAAUAUUUUUACUUUUCAAUUUUUUUGAUACUGUACAAACUAAUCCUGGAAAGAGAUUCUUUUAUUUAUCGAAAUUACUUCUAGGGACAUUUGAUGAAUUCAAAUUACCGGAAAUUCUCGUCUCUGCCGUUUUACAUGUACAUUAUCAAACAAAAUCCUAAUUUUCCAGAAAUAUCGAUAAUAUUCCAAGACUAAUGAUGCUCCUGAUUUUACAAUGCAUUUUGUUUGAAAGUUUCAAGAAAUUUUAAGUUUUUUUUCAUGAUCAUUAGAUUUUAGUCUUACUUGGAUUACCGUUUUAAUAUUGUACCUUGAUUUUCUACCGUUUACGAAGUAUGCCAAAGUCCUAUCAUUCCGGUCUAAAUUUUCUUGAAAAAAAAGACCUUUAGCACAGAAAACAACACUUUCAACGACGAUAAAACUCGACAGAAAAACCUAAAUGUGAUCGAUCGUUUUUUUCAGUACUUUUGCGAAUUUCAUUUCGAGACAAUAUUGAAUACUAGAGUAUAGAGAAAAAGUUAAUGAUGAAAUUUUGACAUUAUUUCACCGAAAUACUGCAUUGGCAUAGUUCAGAUGUUUUUCUCUAAUCUUUUUCCUUUCGACUGUCAACAUUCUUUUUCUGUUUUUUUUUUCAACCAUCACAACAAUACGAUGACUAGGUAAAAACUAGAUAAGAAAGUUGCGCAAGUAGUGUGAAUGAAUUUGGAUGAGAUGACUCGUGAGAGAUAGUUUGAGAUUAACUUUAUAAAAGAAAAAAAAUAAACAUACAAGAUUAUUCGACUUGUCGCCUGUCCACGAAAAUUACAGUACCGUUGAAAAUAAAAAAAUUUUCAAAACAAUUAACUCUGUAAAAUUUUCGAGAUAUCGAUAAUAACUUUUGUACACCUUGGUAUAAAGUUCGAAUAUCCAGCGAGUUAAAAACAAAGGUAACACAUGGAUCUGCCAAUAGUUGAUUUUUUAAAAAUUCGUGAUAGCAUCGUUUCUUAUGCGAAACAUCUUAAUGAUCAUAGAUGCAAUGACCGAGCACAAAAUCGCUGAUUCAUCAUUGUUUUGUAAAUUACAUUAAUCGUUUUGUGCAUCGAAAAUCGAAAUUCUAGAUUUUUCCGUUGGUUUUCCAAGAGUCACCCAUCGACAGAGUUGUCACGUAGCUGCGACUUUCUGUAAUUUCUGCGGACGGGUGUGUAUAGAAUAAUAUCAAUUAUUCAAGGAACGAAAUGAGGAAAAAAUAUAAAUAAAAAUAAAACAAAUAUGAAGAAAAGGAAGAAAAAAGAAAUUCAGAUUAUGAUAGUCAGUGCUAUGAAUCUGUCAAGUCUGUGACGUAAGCGAAGUAUUGUAUUGGUUCUAUAAUAAAACACAAAUCGAUUGAAAUAUUUCAUUUCAAUUAA